UUCCAUAACAUCACUAUGUUUUUAUACAAACUGUAGCAGUGGCUGUAUUUUUUUUAUUUUUAGAGUUGUUGUCUUCAUGGACGGUGAACUUUCACCCCAGUCUCAAGUCUUCUGCAGCUCUAACAGGUUUUCUUCCAGGAUUGUGCCGCAUUAUCUCCCGCUCAAUUGAUAAUGAAAGCAUACCUCCCAAAUGUGAACACUUUUUACAAACCAGGUGGCAUCUGAAAACAAUUGGUUGGUUAUUAUUUAUAGCUAUCAGAGUAAAAGAGAGCAGAACAUUAAAAUCCCAAUAAAUUGCUGUCUGAAGUCUCAACAAUUGUCCAAAGAAUGUUGCAGGAAAUCAUAGUUCAACUUCUCCAGUUGUAAAAUAAGCAGUUAUCAUUUAUUGCAGGCAAAAAAAAAAAAUGAACAACUAUAAAUAAUCAUCUUAAACGACGGAAAACUGUUUAAGACGCAACAGCUCUUGCCAUUUUGGUGACGUGCUACAGCUAAAAAUUCACUGACGUUCUUAUAUUGGUGCUUUGUCUCCCUCUGCAGGUACAACUGAGUAACAACAGCUAAACUUCUGACAAAAUGAGUAGAUAAGUAGAGAAAAUAAGAACUUUCAGAUUUUGUUGAAAGGUUUAGCAGAAUAACUAAUUGUGAGAGACAGAAAAGGAAAUCUAAGAUGUUUUUUGUUUUUUUUAGAUUCAGCAUUUUCAACACUACACACAAUAGUAUUUAUUUACCUGCUUAGUCUUUGAUUUCUUUUUUCUCUUUUUUUUUUUGGCUAUGGUUUAUUCAAAUUUGGACACAAACAUGUGCAACCACUCUGACUUUGCAUGUCAACACAAAAACAUAAAUCCUACUCACAUAAAACAACUCAUCUCCAAGGACGUUUAUGUGCCUCGUAACGUCGCUAAAAAAUAUAGCUCUGCUUUCCUCUGAUGUCGGGGGAGAGGGGCUUCGAGAUGCUCUGUGUGGUAAUCUCUCAAGAGCAGGAUGCUCGCUCUUCAACGUGGAAGCAAUUUCCCUCCGUCAGCUCCGUCUGGUUUCCCUGAAAUUCACAACAACUGUAAAUUACAUUUGAUUAAAAAGCGGCGUGUUUUGAUUUACUGGCUCGCCUUGGGGGUUAGGGGUUGAGGGGGGGUUCUGCGUUUUAUCUGUGAAAUCGAACAUCCCUGCUGUGAGCAGGAGGUGGUGAUAGUCAUCUCUAACCAAAACCCCUCAGCCCAGGCCCGGUGUUUCCACCCCCCGCCAUUUCAUAUAUAAAUAUAAGUUCCAUGUGUUUGCCCUCUUAGCGGCUAAAUAAUGUUGCUGACAUUGUGGCUGGGCUUAAAAGCAAACUUGAGCAAUGCAUAGUUAUGGACCUACGUGGAGCACAGGACCUGAACGCAUCACCAAGGUCUUUGAUGCCUCAGUCCAAUUAAAGCCCACAUGACCUAUUGAAAGAAGAAUGCUUUGAUUCUUGAAUAUUUUUCCAUCGUAUUUUUUUUUUCCGCCCAAACAAAUGCUUAAUAAAGCAUGUAAAUAGUGAUCAGUAAUUAAUAUUAAUUAUGUCCUGCUCCAAACUAGACGCCUCCAGAGACACUAAAGUAAGGGCUUACUUUGAAGAAACCCCGCAGGUCGACUUGUUAGAAAGGUUGCCGUUUUAGCUCUUUUUGUGUGUGUGAUGCAUUUCACUCCGAUCAUCUGAAACCUUUUUAACCCAAUUGUUUGUCCAAAGACAAUCUUGUAUCUCUCUGGCUGUAUUUGUUAUAGUAAAUAUAUAUAAUAAAUAAAUUAGAUCUCGUUUUGUGUUCCUCGUUUCUUGUCAAACGGACUUUUUCUCAAGCUAAAUAACUGUACAGUUAAACGACACCAAUAUUUAGAUCCUGUAUGUUGAAGUCCUGAUCACGUCUGGGUAAAUAUACCCAAUGGUUAGUUUAUGGUUCUAUAACGAGCAGUUAACCAUAAUCUAAUUGUACACUGGAGAUGACUUAACAUUAACAUGUACAAUUAAUGUUAAGUUGAUUAUUAACAACUUAUGAAAUGAGAAAGAAACAGUUCAGCAUAUAAUUAGUUUAUCUUUAAUGAUUUCUGUCUUUGCGUCUCUUAGUUGUUUCUUUAAAAACUCCUUUUGUGACUAGAUUGUUAAAAGUAAACAACUAGGGAACAUAAACUAACCAUAACCUAAUCACUGAAAUGAUCUAUAAAGGAAAUAAGUUGAGGAAUUAAACAUUAGGUAAAAAAUCAUCCUUACUCAUUAAUUUACCAGUAAGUAACCAAUAGCUAGUCAUUGGUUAUAAAGCAUAAUGUGGUGAGAAAUUAAUAAAAUGAAGUAAUGUGCACAAGAGAUGAACUAAUCAUAGUAACAGUUUUUUAACAAGAUUUCAACAUCAAGUAAUACCUUCCUGGGAAUCAACUAACUGAUUCAAAACAGAAUCAAAACUUGAUUAGAUAACAAACAACUGAGCAUCAAUUAACAUUAAUUAAUGAUUGUUAUUAAAAACAAUGAUAUAGGGAAUGAAUAACUGACUAAUUACCUAUUAGCUAGCAUUAACCAUGUGUUCUAGAUCCAAGUGGAGUCAGGAAUUAAUCAGGAGGUAAUGAAGGAGUGGAUGGAGUAAAUCAUUAAGUGAUACUUAGUAGAUCAUAGAUUAACAUUAAUCAUUGUUUAUAAAUGAAAAUUAAGCAACAAGUAAUACUUGGGUGACCAUUAGCUACUUAAAUGUUAAAACAAAAGUUAGUUUAGCAGGUAAUUCUUUAGGUCCUUGUGAGUUUCCGUGUAAAUUCAGUAAACGUAUUUCACCGAGUCUGAGGAGUCGACUGGACCGCAACUCAGUGCUGCAUUUUCGUUUUUCAUUGGGCAUGAAAUCAUUGUGCACCUCAAACAAACACACAAAAGGAUUAAGAGUCAAUCAAGUCAAAAGAAAUAUUUGCGAAAGUCCAAAAUAAGUGUUUUGCUAUGCAAGCAUUUCCAUCAGUAGGACAAAAAAAAAAAAAAAGAGUCUGACUGCUUGUGAAUGUGACUCCAUUCAAAUUAAGUGUCAAAUUUGAGAAAAUAAAAUAAAAAAAAUAAUAAAAACCUUCCAUACUCAAGAUUCCUCAGGCAAUUAUUUCAGUAAUUGUUAUCUUAGUGGAAGAUAACGAUAAGAAACGGCUUUGCUUCAAACACAUUUUCAGAGUUUUUCCUCGUUGUCACCACAAGAGGGCGUAAUGUUCGAAUACGCACCAGAGAAGUUCAAUGGCUUGCAGCUGAUGAAAACCAAUUAAAUGAUAUUUAAUACAGAAAUAUUGAAAAGUAAGCGCAUGUCGGGGCUCCUUUUGCAUGAAUUACUUCAUGUAGGUGAUCAUUCUGCAGCUCAGGCUGUUUAAUGGCGAUAUGGAUCAAUCGCCAUGGUAGAUAGUUACACGGACUUUAUUGAAACACAUUGGACCAACACCAGCGGUUUUUUAAAUUGGUCAUAAUAUUCUAAUUCUCUGAUAAUCUGAAUAUUGUGUUUUCUUUACCUCUAAACUAUAAUCAUCUGAAUACUGAAAUACUAUUAUAAAUCUUUAUGAUUAGUUGUUUUUUUUUAAAUCAAGUUAUUGUGAUUAAAUAAUCUAGCAAAAAGAAAAUUCUAAUCUUUAUUGAGAUGCAGCUAUAACAGACAAGUGGUGCAUUUUUGUAGUCGCAGGGUUUGUUUAUACAUCAGGCUGACUACAUUUUGCAGUCUGGACAAAGUCAGCGGAAACAUUGAAAAGACAAAGAACAUCCGCGCUAAUUAUUAUUAUUUUUUUAUGUUUUAACAUUAACAUAAAAAAAAAAACCUAGUGCAUUGAAUGACGUGUUGCCGUCUUCGCAACAGAGCUGAAACUCAAUCUGUUAACUUUUAAGAGGGAUUUAGUCAAAAAUUAAAAAUAUUUCUAAACGAAACGUGAAACCCACAAUGUCUUGAAUCGAGAUGUGGAGAGAGGGAAGGGACGAAAUUGGAGGCGGGGGGUGUUUGAUGGGUGGGGAUGUGGGGGUGCGCAGGCUCAUUCCAGUGGGCUGGUGCACUCCCUUCCAUCUCCACAACAUUCCUACUUUUGGAGACCUGACCAAAGCGCGUCCGGACUCGGAGCCACGUGUCCCCCCCCCCCCUCUCUUCCCCUGCCCUCCCUCCGUUUCCUCUUUUUCUUCCCCAGACCAUCACCCUACCAAGCCCUCUUUCAGGCCAGGUGUCAAGAGCGCCCAUCGGCCGGGAGAUGCAGCGUCUGGUCUGCCGCACACGGACUGCGGGCUCGGAGCUGCCGCAGAGCGCCUCGGCUCCCUCCGGACUGCUUCUAACACUUCUUUGAAUCCACAUAUAAGGACAUAUUUCUUCACAAUCAUUUUUUUCCUCCCCCCCCCCCGCCCCCCCAAAAAAGAGAGAGGGCAAAACAGGUUGUGUUCAAUGCGUAGCCAUGCUUCUCAUCUCGUCUCGCAGUGCGCUGCUGUCCGUCUACUACCCGCAGAUCUUCCUCAUCCUCACCAGCGGUAGCUACCUGGCGUUGUCCUCCGUGGUGGCCCUGGGCGCCAACAUCAUCUGCAACAACAUACCAGGACUGGCACCCCGUCAGAGGGCCCUCUGCCAGAGUCGCCCGGACGCCAUCAUCAUUAUUGGCGAGGGCGCCCAGCUGGGCAUCAACGAGUGCCAGUACCAGUUCCGCUACGGGCGCUGGAACUGCUCUGCCCUGGGGGAGAGGACGGUCUUCGGACAAGAGCUGAGAGUAGGCAGCAGGGAGGCAGCAUUCACCUAUGCCAUCACAGCCGCUGGAGUUGCCCACGCGGUGACGGCGGCCUGUAGCCAAGGCAACCUAAGCCAGUGUGGCUGUGACCGCGAGAAGCAGGGCUACCAUGAUCGGGAGGAGGGCUGGAAGUGGGGAGGCUGCUCGGCAGAUGUCAAGUACGGCAUGGAGUUUUCGCGACGCUUCGUGGACGCUCGUGAGAUCAAGAAAAACGCCCGCCGACUGAUGAACCUCCACAACAACGAGGCGGGUCGAAAGAUCCUGGAGGAGAGAACGAAGCUGGAGUGCAAGUGUCACGGCGUCUCCGGUUCCUGCACCACCAAGACCUGCUGGAUCACCCUGCCGAAGUUCCGAGAGGUCGGCUACCUGUUGAAGGAGCGCUACGGCGACGCGGUGCAAGUGGAGCCUGUCCGGGCCUCGCGGCUCCGCCAGCCCUCCUUCCUGCGCCUGAAACAGGCUCGGGGCUACCAGAAGCCCACGGACACGGACCUGGUGUACCUGGAGCGCUCGCCGAACUACUGCGAGGAGAACACGAUCACGGGAAGCACGGGGACGAGGGGCAGGCUGUGCAACGGCACUUCCGCUCACACGGACGGAUGCAACGUGAUGUGCUGCGGCCGGGGCUACGACACGCACCACUACACGCGGGUCUGGCAGUGCAACUGCAAGUUCCACUGGUGCUGCUUCGUCAAGUGCAACACCUGCAGAGAGAAAUCGGAAGUUUUUACCUGCAAGUAGGCGCAAGGCAACGGGGACUCCGAAAAGGAAGGGCCUUGAGAUAUUUAUUACAUUUUGCACAUUUUGGCAUCGUAUUUCUAAAGAAACAGAAACUCAAGCUGAAUUUGAGCUGUGGAAGUUACUGGGAGCAACAGAGACAAACAACUUUGCAAAGGUUUUCAACUUUUUCAAAUAUUCUCAUGCAACAGCCGGAAACUUGAACAUAUUUUUUUAGGGGUUUUCAGUGAUAGACCAGCAAUAAGUAGUUAGGUGACUGUCAGCUUUGCACAAGCAUGAAAACAAGUUGUUUUUUUUUGUGGACAGUAAUUUUCACAACUUGGAAGAUUUUUUUUUAGUUGGAUUUAGAGCUGAACUUGGACUGGGCCACUAACAGUCACUGUAGCUCUGGUUGUAUAUAUUUUUAUAUGGAAAAGUCUGCAUAUAAUUUUCUUCCCACUUCACAAUUACGCAUUACCUUAUGUUGGUCUAUCACAUGAAAACACUAAAACAUAUUUAGGUUUGUGGCGAUUAUUUUUGCAGGAAACCUAUUUGCUUCCAAACUGGUGUUAGAAGACGUUGCAUUACUAAGGCAAAAGUUUUGACAUCGAGCAACGGCUGUUGGUUAUUAUUUUAACAUUUAUGUUCAGGGGAACAUAAAUCAGAAAUGUACUUUGGACUGCCCUGGAAGAAGCCUCCACAUGCGGCCAGAAGAAAUGGCAGCCGAGCAUCUUCUCACACUGUAUUCUGUUUAAACACUGAAAAUAUAUAUAUAUAUAUAUAUUAAAACUAUUAUUUAUGUAGAACAUCUUGCAGCUGGGCAUCUCAUACCACUCCUUCACAAUGAUCAUCAUCUGUUAUUUAAAACAAACUGUACCUUCUUUGGCACAUUCAGACAGUCACGUUGCGCUAUACUUUGCCUCAAGUUUUUACACUAAGGGCUGGUGUUGAACUGGCACAUUUUGCGCAUAAACCCACCAUCCCCAGGCCAGAUGGGUUUGUUCCGCCAACAAAUGCAUUGCUUUAGGAAUCCAACCUGUGAGUCUGAACGGCCCUCCAUCCUGACUGCGCUCAUUGUCUGGCUGUUGGACGAGCUGGUGCUUAGCAGAAAGCCACGCAAGCCUCGUUGGGAAAUCCACGGAGGAGCGAUCGGGCCGAGACACAGAGUCCCACACGGCAGCCUCUGCUUACACAAAGCCUUCCAGCAUGGUUUAGGCCUGCUCAGGCAGAUGGCAUGGGACCGUAACCACAUGGAAACGGGGAGGCAGGAGAAACACCAAAGGCUUGCUAUUUCUGGACAGCACCCUUAAUGUAUUUACACAUUUGUUUUUGGUUGUUUUUAGGCUUUGUAUGAGUUACAAAACAAUUGGAAGAAUAUAUUUUUAUAUGAGGAACGUGGCACUUUAUGUCAUUUCUAGCUGGAAAGAGUGUUUCUUAUUCAUGUCAUUUUAUACAUAUUUGAAAGCUAUAACUUAUUUGGAAUUGGUGUUAUUUUGGAAUAAAGCUCCAGAAAUGGAAAUACUCGAUUGUACUUGAAGGAACUUGUCCACUCAAAACAGGAGUUUAACCUUCUCAAGACGUCCAUAAAAGCUGAGUUACGUGAUGUUAUACCAGAGAAGUUUCCGGAAACAUUACUGGGACAUCUCAGUCGUUAAGAAUGUCAUUGGAAACUAGACUUAUUUCAGUCAUUUAAUUCAAAAAGGGAAACUCAUAUUGCAUAGAUAUGAGAUAUGAAACUGUUCAUUUGGAUAAUUAUUUUCAUUAUUAAAUUUCGCAAUUGUAAGACCAAUAACAUAUUUUUAAAACCCUCCACAACAAGGGAGAGCCACUAAAGUUAUUGCUGAAUCCAAGCAUAUUCAUAGAAGGUUGAGUGGAAGGUAAACUACACAAGAAAGAAGGAUGACAGCAGCCUUACAAGGCAUUAAAUGCAGCAACUUUCUAAUCAGAAAGGGCGUCAAGAGCAGUUUUAUCUGGGCUGAGGAGAAAAGGACUGCUCAGCGGUCCAAAUUUCCUACAGAGCAACUCCAGAGGAUAAGAGACAUUACAGCCAACAAUGCAGAUGCCAAGCUGCUGCUGGUAAAACUACCUGGGCUUCCUUAACACCUUAGCAGAGUGAAGCUGAUCGCCUCCAUGCCACGGCUACAGAGGUUUUUUUGUUAAACUUUGUUUCUGCCAUUUCCUUCCACAAAAUUUUCCAUUUGUAUUCUUAGAUGCAUCACCCUUUACAGUCGGCUUCUUUAGCGUGGACCUUUUACCCUCCUUGUGAAGGGAAUCACUGACUUUCCUAAAGACUGCGUAGAUCAAAAAUAUAACAUUUCUACAUUAACAGAUUUUCUGUCAUAUUCCUAUUUUUUGUAGAGCUGAAUUUGGGGUUUUACCAAAGCACACAAACUUUUCAAAGAUAUCGUUGAGAUGCACCUGUAGUUGAGAAGUUCGGAAACUUUAAAGGUUCGCAAAGCCUGACAACUAAAGAACAAAAGCAUUUUUUUUUAAUUCACACACACUAUUAGACCUUUUCUCCCUAAUUUAAACAUGAUCUGGAUAUUAUGAUGCAAGGCGAUCUUUGUAGGCCUUUGAACAGCGCAAUAGAGGUCUGUGAUAUAAAAUGCUGAUAUGGGAAAGGGUAAAAUUCUUGCAUUGUCCGACUUGGCAGAUGAGCGCCCGGGUUCCAGCCCUGCCACCUCUUUCAGCUUAGCUGACUUGCACACAGCCCUCUUUCCUGUGGGGCUGAAAAGCAUUGCGGCCGGCCGGUCGAGCGUAAACUAAAGGCUGUUAUGUUAGCCGUCUGAAAUCCUGAUGACCGGAACCCCGUAAAGCUCCCCCUACUGUGCUGCCGGAUCGGCGGGGAUAGUCCGUCGGAUUGUUUCAACCCAUUUUGUCAUUAAAAAUCGGAGGCAAAGCAAACAGGGUGGAGCAGGGUGGAGCAGGGCGCGGGCAGACCCGAAUAGCGCCGCAUUGUCGAGUUGUCAGAACGGCUCAGCUUAUCGAGCGGCACGAGGAGGACAGGAAGGAGUGUCGUUUUGCAAACUUGACACUUCCCAUCCGAUUCCCUCGGUCUUUCAUGCGUUCGUAAAAUUACUCUGUGGACAUUUCCAAAGCAUGCUGUGAUUAAGCAGAAUAGAGCGGAAUAUAAUAACCGGCCAUCAAAUAUCGAUAGAGUCAAAUAUGAGCACCUCUGCCAAGAGACAGGCUGUUUAGAUUUUAUUUUAAUGAGAUGGUUAAUGAUUUAUGAUGCAUGCCAUCAGUUUAUUAUACAUGGAAGAUGUAGUGGAAAUCCCCACUAUCGAGGAAUAAACCCUUCAGUGCCAAAGCUAGUAGAAGUGCAGAUGAGUAGAAUCAUUAACUCAUGUUAGGCAAUUUUGUUUUUUAUAUACAUCUUUAAAGCAUGCAUAUGGACAGAUGUUUUCUCAGAUGUGGAAAACAGAAAUCUUGAAUACUUAAACACAAAACAAAAGCUUCAGAAAAGACAACAGUAGUUUAGAAAAUGACAAUUACUGGAACCACUGCUGCUAAAGAGGUUUAACAAUGAUCGAAAAUUGUCAUCUUAUCUUGCAGUUGCACAAGCUCACACUGAAAAAGGAAAAAAAGGGCAAUAACUUAUUGAACCUCUGUGCAUAAUUACUGGAGAUAAGUUUGAGAGUGCGUUCACACCAAUUACGUUUUAAUCAAACUUUAGUCCAUUUGCGUAAGAAGGUUCGGUUAAUUUGAGGAGGUGUGAAUGCGCAAUCAAACUCUGAUCCGAACCAUAAAAGCGAACUCUAGCCCACCUAAGAACCUAGGUCUCGGUUCGGUCGAAGUGAACUCUGAUGUAGUGUGAAUGCAUAUGUGAAUGCAGAGACCGCUCCAAAAGCACAAAGCGGAUUAUAGCGCAGGGCAAAUACAAUCAAAACAAAUGCGAGAGACUCGAGCUAGCGACAGAAAUGGCUCCUGGUUGUUUACCAAAGACAAAAGAGAGGUCCUACAAGCACCAAUGCGUUUUGUCUCCAUUUUGUGAAGAAGGAAGUUACACUGCGUAUUGUUCAGAGUCGUUUCCUCCAGUGGUUCUUGUUGCAGCGCUACCACAAGGAAAGCAGUAAACAGGUUUUUCAGUUAGUUUGGAUUGUUUGACACAGAGCAGUGUGAAAGCGAACUACACCAGCUGAAAAUGCAACAAAUGUUACAAUUUGGUCUCCAAUUGAACUAAAGCUACUGGUCCCUCAGGUGUGAAAACACCAUAUGAUUUUAGGGUCCUCUUUUAGGAUUUGUUCUUGUCAGCUCACCAAAAAGCUUUUCUGUUGAAUUCAGGUUAGAUAGUUGUAGCAGAAGAUACAUUUUUGUCUGGUUAAUCGUUUCUGUGAUGAUUUGGCUGCAUGAUUUUGAUUCCUACUCUACAAAAUUAACCAAUAAUGGUUGCUUUUUUAAGUUUGCAGUUAAGAGUCCACCACAUUGUUAUUUAAAAUCGCCUGCUGUUCCAAAGACUAGGGGCCAAUACAGGAUUCCUAGGAAAAUUUAAAAAAUGUAUUUAUUUUUUUAAAUCACAGGCCUACAGCAUCACAGAUCUACCAGUCUUCUUUGUCACAGUCUUUUUGGGAGCUGGACAAAAUAUUGAAACACAAUUGCAUACACUACCAAAGCACAAAAUCUUACAAAGUAUUUUUGGUCUAGUUUCUAGUGCCAAUACCUUAGUAUACUUGAAAUAAGACAAAACUAACUUACACAUAACUUUCCAGCGACAUAAAGCUUGUUUUAAGU